CGAUCUCGUGGCAGUUGUGCCUUCCAUCUUCGUAUCUUUGAUUUUGAAAGAUCUUGACGCUUUAUUUUUUUUUUUACCGUGAAUAUGAUCCCCUGUACCUGUAGUCAUCCAUUUGCAAUUCAUUCUUCUAAUAUGCAUUUUCGUUAAUCAUAACCUCUCAGGCGACCUAAGCAACCAAGUUGUACUUUGUUUGUUUCACACGAUUAUCUUUACCAAGAGAGAGUGACUUCCGCAUUGUAUCACACCACUUUAUUGAGUCUUUCCAAUGAAAUCGGCCCUGUUGCGGCCGUGAAAGAACAAAAAAUCAUGGACGACCUUGAAUAGUCCAGCGUUUGUGCAAGAAGGACGAGGCACAAAAGCGAUCCCUGGUCUUCUACCAGCGACAACGACCUGGAUACUAGCUGGGGCAGGAAGAUGUCGGGGCGAAAGAAGAGUGGCGAGAAUGGGCACUUCGUCACGGAGCUGCCCGUGGACGAUGACGGGGGGGACAACUCUCCGGCCGUAAAAGGUCCUGCAGCCGGGCAUGCACAGGCGCAGGUAAGAGCUUUCAUCUUGAGCCAUGUGGUCCUCGUUGGGAAUAAGUAGUAGAAAAAAACAACGGGAGGUAAAAAUAUGAUCCAUACCGUAGAAUGCGCAAAGUAAAUGCAAAACAGAAAGAUCUCCAUCUCGAUAAACUACAAGUCAACUGGAUCUGGAACUUCUAUCAGGUCCAACGAGCCAUGAUGCAGGAGAUCCAGCAGACUGCGGACCAGGCACCACCGGUCACGGGGUCCGGCACCCAGAUUACCGCAAGGGAAUCUGAAUAUCAGCAAAAGCGACUGGAGCGCGCAUUGUCACCGCCACGGGCAGAUCCCUUCGCGCUCUCCACGCCGGCGGAGGGAUUGACGACCUACAAGGAGAUCAUGGAGAAUAACGCAGCAGAGCGAGAAAACGCGGAGCUGCGGAGGAAAAUCCAGAAGAUGCGAGAGGAAAAAGGCGACACCCAGUUUGCAGCAGAUGUGAACGCAAACAUGAAAGCCAUGCAAAACGGAAGCGCGCCCGGCGCGAACAAGGCAGUCGAGGCACAAUCAAGAAAAAGAAAUCGCUGGGACACCCCGACGGAAGCAGGUAAAAAUGAUCGGAGUCCGCUAUUAAUGAUAUACGUACUGCGUGCCAUGGCCAACAAAUUCAUGAUUACAAUCUAUCGUUGUUGCUCUUCGCUGUUGCCGCUAGAUACUACGAAUGCUUGAAAUGCCAUGCAGAAACAAAAUCAAAAACAAAAUCCUCAUGACGAUUAUCGCCCCAACAAAACAGCGAUGAUGGACACACCCGACGAGAUGGGCUCGGCCCCCGGGCAAGAAACUCCAGACAUGAAUGCUAUCGGUGCCACCCCCGAGAUGGGCGCCUGGGGCGAAACACCCGCUUCCAUUGACGUGUCCAAGCCAAAAAGAAAGCGCGCGAGAUGGGACGAGACCCCUGGAGAAGGCGAACAGCAGAUCACGCCGGCACCCGCUGGCGGUGCCGACAUGGCAACCCCGGUGUCCGGAGGCGACCUCGGCGCGACCCCUGACGCCGCAUUUAUGGGAACCGUCGGUACCCCCGUUGGUUUAACCCCCGAUAUGAUGACCCCCGACCAGCUCCAGCAGUGGCGAUUUGCGAAGGAAAUUGACGAAAGAAAUCGACCCAUGACCGAUGCAGAGUUGGACGAAAUCUUCCCUCCAGGGUACUGAAAAAAAGAACAAACAUCAUACGUGAGUGCUAUGAACUUCUUCAACUUAAGUCGUACAUGAACAGCCGAACUACAAACAAUGCACCCAAGCAGGAGCAGGUGAAACAAGAAUAGAUUCUUUUCGUCGCAUUACUUAGCAACUGAUGAAAAAACUAAAACAGGUACGAAAUCGUGCAGCCCCCAGCGAAUUACGCUCCAGCAAGAAAAAACGUAUUCUCCGCACCAACCCCGGGGAUGGCAGCGACCCCAGGGUUUAUGAUGCCCGGCACCCCCUCAACCGGUGACGGUAUGACGCAGGACAGCGGGCUGGGAGAACUUCACGGCGUUACGGCCGCGGUAAACAGAGUCGCGUCUUUUUCCGUGAUUCUUUUUGGCUGCCAAUCUGUACUUUGUACUUACGCGAGAAAGAUUUUUCAGACCAUGUCUGUUUCGAAGGUCAUAGUCGCAGACAUUCACAACGCUAUUGAAAAAUUAAACCAAACUUCAGACUGGCGACAUGCCUGAGAUCAAGGCGGAGGAUCGUACGCAUUUCGCGCCACUGCUUGCGGGCGACGACGACGACGACCUGGCACCGGAAGAGGCCAAGGAGCGAAAAAUCAUGAAGCUUUUGCUGCAAAUCAAGAACGGCGAACCGGCGAUGCGAAGACGCGCCCUAAAGGAGAUCACGAACAAGGCGCGGGAGUUCGGUGCCGGGCCGCUUUUCAACCAGAUCUUGCCCCUUAUGAUGUCCUCCACGCUCGAAGAGCAGGAAAGGCACCUGCUGGUAAAAAUCAUCGACCGGGUGCUGCACCGACUGGACGACUUGGUGCGCCCCUACGUGCACAAGAUUCUGGUCGUGGUCGAGCCGCUCUUGAUCGACGAAGACUACUACGCCCGGGUGGAAGGUCGGGAGGUGAUCGCGAAUCUGUCGAAAGCCGCGUAUGCUUUGCAAAUAUGUCUGGGUCUGGAAACUUGUAAUGCUAAAAGGGAAUGAUAGACGCACUGCAAUACGCAGCUACGCAUAGCAAAUUUUUCGGCUGCCAUGUCCUACGUAUUCUGCAUGGCAAACUGCGUUUGUGCAUGACAGGUAAGAGGUCCUUUUCGUGCCUAUGCAACACAGAUUCUCGAGUCAUGCUAGACAAGCACGACAAACUUGCAGUCUUCCAGACCCAGACACUUUUGCAUUUGAUACCGCGGGCCUGCCGACGAUGAUCGCGACCAUGCGGCCAGAUAUCGAUCACGUCGACGAGUACGUCCGAAACACCACCGCGCGGGCGUUCGCGGUUGUCGCGUCCGCGUUGGGAAUCCCAGCGUUGCUGAUGUUCUUGAAAGCGGUGUGUAACAGUAAGAAAUCAUGGCAGGGGAGGCAUACCGGGAUCAAGAUCAUCCAGCAGAUCGCCAUCUUGCUAGGGAUCGCGAUACUGCCGCAUUUGAAGCAGAUGGUCGACAUCAUCGCCCCGGGGUUGUCCGAUGAACAGCGGAAGGUGCGAACCAUGACGGCCUUGGCGUUGGCCGCGCUGGCAGAGGCGGCGACGCCAUACGGCAUUGAAGCCUUCGACUCCGUCUUGCGACCGUUGUGGAAAGGUAAAGCCUUCUAAUGGUGGGCUUACUUGUUUGCUCCUUUGCAUCUUUUGCGAUGCUGGACCUGCAUGAUAAUAUUUCCAUCGAAGAGUUGUGACUAGUUACUAACAAGAAGUAGACUGCGAAAGAAUGUGGAACCUGGUGGAACUGAAACAAGAAUCCCACUCGAUUUUCAUCCAAUUUUUUUUUACCUAGGUAUUCUCGAGGCCCGCGACAAGGAUCUCGCGGCUUUCCUGAAAGCCAUCGGUUACAUCGUGCCACUGAUGGACGCGGACCACGCGAACCACUACACAAGAGAGGUGAUGAUCAUUUUGAUCCGCGAGUUCUCCACCGCGGAUGACGAAAUGAAGAAAAUCGUGCUGAAGGUGGUGCACCAGUGCGUCGCCACCGAGGGUGUGGAGUCCAAUUACAUCCGGGAGGAGGUGUUGCAGCCGUUUUUUCGAAAUUUCUGGGUCGCCCGAAUGGCUUUGGACCGGAGAAAUUACCGCCAGCUCGUGGACACAACAGUGGAAAUCGCAACGAAGGUAGGCGGCGCGGAAGUCGUUGGGAAAAUCAUCGAGGACUUGAAGGACGGCAACGAACUGUAUUGAAGUGCUUUGUCAUGAUGUUGUAUCUUUUCUUAAUCUCUGUUUAAAGUGCGGCGUAGGUCUUCUUGCUCGCCAUGAUUAGCUAUUCUACCAAUAGCUGCUUGACGCUCUGCGUCACGGCCAGCCUGCUCCUUUUAGCAUGGCAAGGGCAAACUGUAUAAUAAACCCGCCCACUUUUAAUACUUCAACAUUCUAUUAACCCCAGGUACCGCAAGAUGGUUAUGGAGACCAUCGAUAUUAUUGUUCAAAACCUCGGCGUUGCGGAUUUCGAUUCCCGCCUGGAAGAGCUCCUUGUCGACGGCAUUAUCUAUGCGUUUCAAGAACAGUCCACCGAGGACACCACGGUCAUGCUCAACGGCUGCGGGGCCGUGAUCAACUCCCUGGGCACUCGUGUGAAGCCGUAUUUGCCGCAGGUCGCGGGUAUUGUGCGGUGGCGGCUGAACACCCCCAACCCGAAAGUCCGACAGCAGGCAGCAGACUUGAUCGCCAGGAUAGCAGGCGUCAUGAAGCAGUGCGGCGAGGAACAGAUGCUGGGGCACUUCGGUAUUUUUUUGUACCAAUACCUCGGGGAAGAGUAUCCGGACGUGCUGGGCAGCAUCUUGGGAGCUUUGAAGGCAAUCGUGAAUGUAAUCGGGAUGAACAAGAUGACGCCGCCGAUCAAGGAUCUGUUGCCAAGGUUGACGCCGAUUCUGAAGAACAGACACGAGAAGGUGAGGAAGUUGUGGUCUCUCUAUUGUUUCUUGCUGUAGUAUCUCGUAAAUACAAAUCUGUAGCGUGGUCAUGCUUCUCCGGCUAAGGGGUUUUUAAGAUUCGACACAGACUUCAGGCCAAAGCCGAAGUGCUGGUAGAAAAAAGUGAUACCAGCAAUCAUCAAUUCCGAAUCGACCAUAAAAUGCAAUACAGGUUCAGGAAAACGUGAUCGACCUUGUUGGCCGCAUUGCAGACCGCGGCGCAGAACUGGCCCCACCGCGAGAGUGGAACCGAAUUUGUUUCGACGUCUUGGAGCUGCUGAAAGCGCAGAAGAAGGCAAUCCGGCGCGCGUCUGUAAAUACCUUUGGGUACAUCGCGCGCGCGAUUGGGCCGCACGAUGUGUUGUCCACCUUGCUGAAUAACCUUCGCGUGCAGGAGCGUCAGCUGCGUGUGUGUACCACGGUGGCCAUCGGGAUCGUUGCGGAGACGUGUAACCCGUUCACGGUACUUCCCGCGAUGAUGAACGAGUACAAGCAGCCGGAUUUGAACGUGCAGCACGGUAUCCUCAAGUCCCUAUCCUUCAUGUUCGAGUACAUUGGCGAGAUGGCAAAGGACUACAUCUACGCAGUCACCCCCCUGUUGGAGGACGCGUUGCAGGAUCGAGACGCAAUACACCGACAGCAGGCCAUUUUCGCGACGACACACUUGACGCUAGGUGAGUUGUGAUGUUGUAGUUUUCUUCUGUUUUUUUUCACUGUUCUCAACUUUUGCGGCCCGAAAAUUCGCCAGAUUCAUCACGUUAAGGUUCAUUUCUCAGUGAAUUAGCUGAACAAGAAAUAAAAGUAUGCAAAGAACCAAAAUUGUUUGACGAAAAAAAAUUUCGCAGGUGUCUAUGGAAUGAAUUGCGAAGACGCGAUUAUUCACUUAAUGAACUUCGUAUGGCCUAAUCUCUUCGAGUCGACGCCGCACUUGAUUCAGGGUGUCUACAACUGCAUUGAUGCCUUCCGCACGACGCUCGGGCCAACAAGGAUCCUCCAGUACCUGAUGCAGGGUCUGUUCCACCCAGCUAGAAGGGUGCGCGAGGUCUACUGGAAGCUUUACAAUAACAUGUACAUCGGCGCGCAGGAGGCUCUGGUGCCAAGUUUUCCGAAACUUCCGGAACCAGAGUACCAUAGAUGCGACUUGGAAAUGAUGCUGUGA